UAACAACCAACGAUAAAUACCCCGACAUCCCUGUUUCUCCCUCCACCCUCUCCAUUCCAUUGCUUCUGUUCUGCAACAAAAUCCAAUUCUCUCUCCAAUUUCCCUCUGUAGAUCUCCUCGUUUUCUGUUUGUUUCCCGGGAAAAAAAAAUUCAAAGAUGAGAGAAAUCCUCCACAUCCAGGGCGGCCAAUGCGGCAACCAGAUCGGCGCCAAGUUCUGGGAGGUCAUCUGCGACGAACAUGGCAUUGACCACACCGGUAAGUAUAGCGGCGACUCUGAGCUUCAGCUCGAGCGGAUUAACGUUUAUUACAAUGAGGCCAGCGGCGGCAGGUACGUUCCCCGCGCUGUUCUUAUGGAUCUCGAGCCUGGAACCAUGGAUUCCGUCAGAUCCGGACCCUAUGGCCAGAUCUUCCGUCCCGAUAAUUUCGUUUUUGGCCAAUCCGGGGCUGGCAACAAUUGGGCCAAAGGACAUUACACCGAAGGAGCUGAGCUCAUCGAUUCUGUUCUCGACGUUGUCAGGAAGGAGGCGGAGAAUUGUGAUUGCUUGCAAGGAUUCCAAGUAUGUCAUUCUUUGGGUGGAGGUACUGGUUCUGGAAUGGGAACACUUCUGAUUUCAAAGAUCAGGGAGGAGUACCCAGAUCGCAUGAUGUUGACAUUUUCCGUAUUUCCUUCUCCCAAGGUUUCAGAUACAGUUGUAGAACCAUACAAUGCCACCCUGUCUGUUCAUCAGCUCGUCGAGAAUGCUGAUGAAUGCAUGGUUCUUGACAAUGAAGCCCUGUAUGAUAUUUGCUUCCGAACACUCAAGCUUGCCACUCCAACAUUCGGUGAUCUCAACCACCUAAUCUCCGCUACCAUGAGUGGUGUUACUUGUUGUCUACGAUUCCCUGGACAAUUGAACUCUGAUCUACGAAAGCUUGCCGUCAAUCUCAUUCCUUUCCCUCGUCUACAUUUCUUUAUGGUUGGUUUUGCACCCUUAACAUCCAGAGGAUCCCAGCAGUACCGAGCCCUUACAGUGCCCGAAUUGACCCAGCAGAUGUGGGACGCCAAAAACAUGAUGUGUGCUGCUGACCCACGUCAUGGUCGGUACCUUACCGCUUCGGCCAUGUUCCGUGGUAAGAUGAGUACCAAAGAAGUAGACGAACAGAUGAUCAAUGUACAAAACAAGAAUUCAUCCUACUUCGUCGAGUGGAUACCCAACAAUGUGAAGUCUAGUGUGUGUGACAUCCCACCCAAGGGUCUAAAGAUGGCAUCGACUUUCAUCGGUAACUCAACUUCCAUUCAAGAGAUGUUCAGGAGGGUCAGCGAGCAGUUCACAGCCAUGUUCAGGCGCAAGGCCUUCUUGCAUUGGUACACCGGUGAAGGAAUGGACGAGAUGGAGUUCACCGAGGCCGAGAGCAACAUGAAUGAUCUGGUUGCUGAGUAUCAGCAGUACCAGGACGCAACCGCCGAUGAAGAAUACGAAGAUGAAGACGAGGAAAUCCCGGCUUGAGGCGCCGUCCAUGCAGCAACCUGGUUUGUCUGAAACUAUAAUGUUGUUGACUUUAUUUUUCAGUUUGUGAUGAUGAUAUUGCAAUUUGAUGGUGAUGUUUCCUGUUGUCCAGCAGUCUGUAGAUUUUUUUACAUGUUUUGAGCUGUAUGGAGUGGGUGAGGGUCAUGUAAUAUGAGAGAUGGGUUUUGGAUAUAAAAUAUAUCUUUGUUUGAAUUAGAACGAUUGAUUCCUAUUUGUACUCAGUAGGUGGGCAUAUGAUGUGGAGCUUUUAAAGUUUAAGGUUUCAUUGUCUUUCAUCUUCAUAUAAGUUAAAGAAAGUUGCUAGUAGCAGUUAUACUUGUUA